AUCCACAUGUCAGAGUUGUGGGUUUGCCAGAUGCAGUACAAGCUGCUGGUAUGAUGGUGAGGCAAGAGUUGGAACCUCACAACAAAGUGACGAUGAAGCUGGACGUGUCAUGGACACACCAUUCUCACAUCAUUGGUAAAGGAGGAAACACCAUUCAACCGGUUGUUAAGCGAACAGGUGUGAGCAUCCACUUCCCUGAUGGCAACAAGAACAGUGAAGUGCGGAAGAGCAAUCAGGUGUCGAUCAACAGCCGUGGGGAGGAGCUGGCCGGGCUGGAGGAGGCACGGGGAGCUAUAAGGGAACUGACUCCUCUUAUCUUCACUUUCACUUUGUCAGCAAGUGCCCAGUUCAUUAGCAUUUCAGAUCCCAACAUGCUUAUACUCCAUGUUCAGAACACGUAUAAUGUUCAGGUGGACCUUAAGUUGACUGAUGACACGUCGCCUCUUAUUGUGGGUUCAGUCCGGGGAAGUGAAUGGGAUGCAGCCCGGGUCAAGGAGGCAACACUGUGCAUCUUGCAGGCAUAUUGUGACAGACUUGCAAACCAAAUGCCUGUGCAGAUGACAGUGGAAAUAUCUCCACAGCACCACUCUUUUGUUCUGGGGCGAAACAAUGAGACUCUUAAACGCAUCAUGCAGCGAACUGCGACAAAGAUAACAUUCCCAGACAGUAAUGACAUUUCCACACCUCUGCUAAAGAAGUCGACCGUCACUAUUUCAGGAGCCAUAGAUAAUGUUUACCUUGCUCGACAGAAUAUUGUAGGAGCUUUACCUUUAGUCCUAAUGUUCGACUUGAUGCCUGACCAAAUGGUUGAUUCAAAUGAGGUGUCACAGAUUAUGCAGACCCUUGAUAUUCACAUAAUCAUCAAGAAUAAGAGACUAGAUGGUCGGCGACCUGUUAUUAUAAAAGGGGCAGAAAGAAAUGCAGGUAACAUCUACGAGGCUUGGCGGUUACUAGCUAAGGCAGAGAAAAUUCCUCCUAAGGCUCGUAUCCCUCCAACAUACCACAUUCCUGAUGCAGCACCACUGUAUGGGCUUGCCACAGAUCUGAACCUGAGUCAGUGGUUGGGAGGUGGAAGUGGGGGUUCAUCACCCCUCCCAUCUCCGACAGGCACUCCAAGCCCUCAGGUCCACCCUAGUGCACUGUGGGGAAGUCUAACCCCUUCUAGUAGUCCGCUUCCUUCACACCUGUCAUGUACACAAUACAGCACCAUGUUCGACCCACCUUCUUCAUACUACACAACAAACUUGCUUCUCCAGUCAAGUUCCUCCAGCUGCAACAAUAACAACAGCAACAUGCCAAAUAACAACCUCAACAACUGUAUCUUGCCAAAAGAUACAGGAGGACUUACCAUGAGUUCAGGAGUCAACUUAAACUCUCUUGUCAGUGGGAUCAACAGUAUGACUAUCUCAAAUGGUGUGGAUGCUUUUGCAGAUGCUUCAUGUGGAACAAGCAGUAACAGUGGGAGUUCUCUGUCAUCCCCAGCACCAUCUCCUCGAGACCCAUCGCCAGACCAGGUCAUCAACAGCCACAUGUCCACCACCUCCCACCAGAGUCAAUAUAUGGACACAGACUCUACCACCACGGAUGAAAUAAAUGCAAUAUCUGCGUUACUGACAGACAUUGACCGCCGAGCUCCUGGGUGUGAGAAAAAGCGUAUAGAGAUGGCCGCACUAAAGAUGACAGACUACAAUUCAAAGAAAGUCCAGGCAGCUAAAGCCAUGAAAGAGCAAGUCAGUUCCAGUCCUCGAACACCAACUUCAAGCUGGUCGGGCUAUGGAUUCAGUAAAAGUAUGCCAGGCUUCAUGAUUCGACAAAAAAUGCAGGAGAAUAAAUUGCUCAAGUCUAAUCAGGGAGGACUGGAGGGCUGGGAUGAGUGGCAGCAACAGGACAGUGGUGCUGGAGACUUUUCUUCUUGCCAGGCUAUGUCCAGUCUACAUUAUCCAUCUCAUAUGACACAACUUGGGUCCAGUUGUGCUGGCACUAGUGAUAGCUUGACAGUUCAGCGACCAUCUAUAAGCCUUUCGGCUAGUAACUUCAUGGACUGUGUGCUGCCUCGAACUAGAGAAAGUUCUUGUCAUUCUAGUCAGCAGUCAGAUAUUACAUCUGUGUUGACAGAUCUACAGUUAGAGCAAUACAUUGACGUAUUUGCAGUACAAGAAGUUGAUUUAAAUAUGUUCCUGACACUUGAUGACACAGACCUGAAAGAGCUUGGCAUAAAGAUAUUUGGACACCGCAAGCGUAUACUUAUGGCCAUUAAGGAUCUGGCAACUAAAAAGCCUUUCUUUGGGGGUAUAAGUGGUGUGACUAGUGGCAUGGACCAUGCCUCUGCCAUACGAGAGACAACGACGACAUGGGAAUAAUGUACUGUAAGGAAGAGGUUAUGACUAGGCACAUAGAAUAGUAACAUUUUUGACUACUGUGGAAUAGUUAGAUAUAAUGGUGAGUUGACAAGCUGCAAGAGAAGUGGUUUGACCAGCCUUAUAAACUUCAAUCAAUUUUCUUAAAAAAUUACUUGACAAAUUAAUAUACAGUAAUUAAUGGAAGUAGUUAAUUAAUAUGUUUCUGAUUAUUUGAUAUUUAAAAAAAUACAAAAUGGAUGAUAAAACGUUCAUAGUAAUGGUAUUUAUAUUUUAAAAGUCUAUGGUACAGUUUCUAAUUAAAUAAAUUCCUGACUAUAGCAAUUAAAUUUACGUCUCUGUUUUUAUCUUGGGGAAUUUUGUUCUCGAGUGCUGUAGUGGAAAAUUAUUGGUUUUCAAGAAGAAGAAAAAAAGUUAUCCAUUCAGGAGUUAGUGCUUAAGAAUUUGACCUUUGUAAUAAUGUCACUAUGUGGCAUCUAUUUGAUCUGGUUCAACUGGUGAUGCAGUGACAUUGUCUGGUGAAUAAAAAAAGGUUCAAUAAGGUCACUUUAAGCAUAUAAAAAAAAUGAACCUUGUAAUGAAGUCAUUCACCAGUGUGAGCUCUGUGUCUGACAACCCAGAAACAUGGAGUAGUGGUCACCCGCAAGUGAAAUGAAGAUUUUUUUUCCACAUAUGUUAGAUGAAACUGUUUGAUUAUAUAUUUUAUCAUUUCUUUUCACUGGGUGAGUAAAGCAAGCACCAAAUCAGGGUUAUGGGGUAUUGCUCUGCUCUCACUAUUUCCUUGUAUCUGUUAAGCUUUUUGUAUUUGUCUUGACAUACUAUAAAAGUCACUUGCUUUUUGCUGGAAUUGUGGCUGUAUUUCAGCAGCUUUUUUGACUGGUCUACAUAUGAUACAGUAUCCAACAUAAUUUAAACCUGAACUAACUAUGACUGCAGUCUCACAAUACUGUGUUGCACAUGAUGACUCAGACAGAAUAUGGAAGUACAAAUAUUACAGGGGGUUUUUCACAGUAAGUUAGUGCUGUUGAACAGACAUAGUAGCAUCAUGAUGCAUAAUUAAAAUUAUGCCAUACCUAAAAAAUUUUAUUUGCUCUUUCACAUUGAAAUGUUGUGCCUUAAAUGUAUGAUGAAUGUACUAUUACUGGCCUGACUAAUUAAUAUUACUGGCCUAAAUAGUGAAUAAUAUUACUGACCUGAAUGAGUAUAUUAUUAUGGGCUGAAUGGCGAGUGCAUUGUUACUGGCCUGGAUGAGUGUAUUAUGACCUAAAUGAGGAGUGCAUUAUUACUGGCCUGAAUGUGUUGUAACUGGCCUGAGUAAUUGUUGUUACUGGCCUUAAUAGUGUAUUACUGCAUGAAUGUAUUAUCAAUGGCCAUCUUCUCCGCUGUAUGCCGUAUAUCUCAUGCUGUCAUUUCUGUUGCAUUUUAUGUAUUCUAUUUUUUUUUUAUACAGGUAUUGAAAGUAUGUUAAGUUAUUUCUUAUACUGAUGCCAGUUUUUGACCAGGUUGGUUAUUAUUUAAAUUUGCAUGAUAAGUUCUUUGGAGUCAAAAUGAGGUUUAAGCAGAAUACUUGUUUUACGAUUGAGUGGACACUAAAUGACCAAGAAAAUUGGAAAGUGUCUAUUCAGCAAGUAAAAAUUCUUUCUUUGUUGUUUAAUUUUAAAGAAAUACUAUAUUUAACAUUUUCUUUAAUUCACUGCUUAUGCCAACAUGUUUUGAUCAGGACAGAAUUCUGGUUCUGCCAUGGAUCGUGUGGCCCCAUGAUGUAAUUUUGUUUUACAAUUUUAAGGUCAUUCCAUAGAUGUAGAGCAAGUGCCUUAAUGCAGUGUUCAUGUGGAAUGUAAUUGUGAUAUUAACUAUAAGUAAUAUUUUACAAUUAAGGGUGUUUACCCAAGGUUAGUUAAUUAUUUUUAUACCAUCAUUGCUGUAAAUAAAUAUGUAGCAGUUUAUAGAAAAGUAUGUAACUAUAUGCAUGUAAUUUUCAUUUUCUAGUCUAUAUUCUAUUGAGAUAGAGAAAAUAGAUCAUUCCUGUAUUGGGAUUUUAAUUUUUUUUUAUUAUUUUAAUGCAUUGGGAGUUUUAGUUAGUGUGGGAUUUUAUAGGGGUGAUCCUUUUUCUCUACAUAAUAUAAGUUAUGUUCCUAAUAUCAAAAUAACCAAACUAAGUCUUUAGUAUGCUCUUAUUUUAAUAAAAUUUAUGAAGAUGAUAGUUUCUAAAGAAUUCUGCAUUUUCAAUUUAUUUACUUUGUUUAGUUUGAAUAAAGAUUAUCUAAAUUUA